GCUCAGACUCUCCAAGGAGGCUGCGAUGGAGACAGGAUGAAACUGACGGGGUGUUUUUCGGAGGAAAGUGCCUCUGGGGUGUCGUUACCCGGCGGCUCUCCGGGUCGUGCCAUUACCAGAACCGUCUAUUUGAGGAAAAAGCAGGAGUGUAUCACCAUUCUGUCGAUGCCUGAGGAUUAUGGACCGUUACAAUAACGACCGGCGGUGUAACGGUUAGGAUGACUGUCUGUGUACUCUUUCUUCUUCUUCGUGUCCUUCUCUCUCUCUACUCCAGCUGAGACAUUUUCAACGCGGUCGUGUUGGACGUUUUCUCCUAAAAUGUUGAAUUUAGCGCUCUCUCGACGUGAAGGAUAUUCGUGGCACGUCUUUUUUCGCUGUUGGACAUGAAGGUGUGAGGCAAAGAAACCUGUGGACAGCCGCCUUUUUUUGGCAGACAGUAUGAUACAAUAUUUUGACAUAAGGGUUAUUUUUUUGUGUUACGCUCUAUUGCGCAUGCCUGGUGGUAGAUAUAGAACACUGCCCGACGCCACUUCGCUCCGUCCUGGCUGUUAUGUAGGAGCAAAAGUGAAGGGAGCGGAGGACUAAAAUGAAAAUGCGUUGGCAAAGUGGCAGCGUGGCGACCAAAGGAUUUGACUUUAGAUCCUUCGCGAAAUAGAUUGUGCCAUAAACUGAAGAAUGUCAGGGGCACCUAAUGCAGAGGCUGAAGGAGUAGUCUCCAAAGUGAAAGUGAAAAAGGAGAUCAAGACAAUCGUGGAGAAUUUGGAAACCAUCCUGGGAGACCUCAAGGAUGUAGCCAAAGAGCUCAAAGAGGUUGUUCAUGACAUUGACACCCUGACCUGUGACCUGCAACUGGAGGAGGACGGACUGACAGACAGCUCUAAGACGGACACGCUCAACUCCAGCUCGAGUUCCACCACCACCACUACCACCGCUUCCAGCCUGGAGAAGAUGAAGCUCUUCCCUGAUGACUGCAUCUUCAAACCGCCUGCGCUCAUUGACCCGGUCCCCGUCAACCCUCUUGCAGUCCUGACUGUACUCAAGAAACCCCACCCUCCCCUGCCGCCACCCAGACUUACCCCGCUGAGAGCCGAGGAUCACAACAUUAAGAAUCUGCCUCAUCCAACAUUAGUGUUAUCAGGGAAUAUAUCCAAGGCUACCGGGCCCCUAAUGAGGAAUGGCGGGGUUUUUACAUUGAAACCAAACAGGGAUUUAUUCUCCUCAACUCCGUGUUUCAUUGCUAAUGACAGCGGAAUCCCUGAGUCGGGUCUUGUUCCUACAUUACCCAGGCCCAUGCCUCUUCUCCGCCAUGAAAAGAACAAAUGCCCCAAGGCCCCUGGAAGGGAAUCUCGUGAGAGGGAGCGUGUUCGUUUCAGUGAGAAGGUCCAGUACCACGGCUACUGCCCGGACUGUGACCUUCAAUAUGAUGUAGACGACACAGAACUACACAUACAGGCUGAGCUGAACGACCUUAGGCUCAGCCCAGUGCAUUGCUGCUCUUCCGCCUCCCCUCCUCCCCCUCAUGCUCUUCCUCAUGAACUAAUGUUGGAAAACGGCGGCCUCUCAGUCAGCCACAGUUUCCCGCCGACAGGAAACACACCUCCACCUUGUGUGCCUCCUCACCCGCCUUCCCUAAAGCCCCAGAAAACAAUCCUACGCAAAUCAACCACUACCACGGUUUGACACCGGAACCCCCCUGUUCUAUCUAACUUAAACGUUCUUGAAUCAUUCAUAGUGUUUUCUACUUUAUGAGCGCGUUCUACUCCAACUGAACUUUGGAUUAUCCAAACAGAGAGAGGAGACAGUUGGGGAAAGGAUGGAUAAAGUGAGUGAAACAGAGAGAAAGGCAUCGCCAUGGGCGCUGAGACAAACACAGAGAGAUCAGGAAGAAGCGGGCCCAUUGAGAUACUUGAGGCACAAGUGGAAGAGAUGCCUACACUAAUCGACCCUGGAUGAUCAGGGCAGGAGGAACCAGAGCGGAGGCCGAGCAUCAACCUUUUUUUUUUUUACAUAAAUCAAUAAUGGCUCUUAAUCACCAGAAGACAAAUUAUUAUUUUGCUUCUGAGCACUGAACACUGAACAACCUCCAGGCACAGUCAGAGGAAUGCUACUGUGAAACUGGGGAAUUAGGAAGGGCAGUCACUGUAUGUAAGUGUAUACAGACAGAUGCAUUUAUAGAUGUGGAGGUGAUAUUUUUGUUACAUAGAAAUAGUUGAAUUAAAGAUUAGAAUGCUGCUGAACACCCUCUCUUCAAAAGUAAAGAGGCGAGUUUAGAUGAAGAGGUACAACAUGGGGUGAAAUGAUGUCAGCCAGUGUUUGAUUGAUGUCUACACAGACUUUUGCUCUGUGCAUACUCAGAUGGAAAUCAAUAGCUCCACUCAACCGAUGGAAUUUGCCUUUUAAGAAUUAUAAUUGUUUGUGUCUGGAGAGCCCGACAUAUCUGCCUGUGAGCAAUACACUGCUGGGCUGCAGAUAAGAGAGAAAACAAUAUAAUGUCAGUAUGUGCCAUAUGCUCAAUCAUAGUGUAUUUUUGGAAAGGUUUAACAUGAAUGGAAAAUGUGGUUACCGAUCUGUGUCCAGACAUUAUGUUCAUUGUACAUCUGUGUGCUCGACUGGUGCCAUGCAAACUACUUUUUUUUCUCACAGAGGUUCAGUAUAGUGCCAUAGUUACAGCUUUAAAGGAUCCUUGAAGAAGUAAUAAUUUGCAUCAAAUUUUCUUUGUAUACAAAUAUACAUGUACAUGUUUGAUAUCUAUAUAUUUCAGGCAUUUUUCUACAGAGACUUUAACAUUUAAAGAGAUGAUAUUUUUGAUAUUGUGUUGGGUGACUGAGAGGUAUUUUGACGAAAGCUGACAUUCCCUCAAGGUACGCGUUUUUCAGCAGGCCAUAGCAGGAUGAGUUAUUUAUAUAUAGCAACAGGACAGUGUUUGUACGGAUGAAAAACAAGUGCUUCAGUAAUAUCGCUUCGAGAGACUUUACAGGAUGGGCUCUGUUGGGAGAAAGAAAAUGUAAGGUGGAGGAGAUUAAUGGCGUAAACCAAAUACCUAGUUGUGCUUUAUUAGACGGGAGGCAUGGGGCUGAAUGAAUGCAUGACUGGCUCUUCACUUUGUCCUGCCAUCACUGUGUUUUUCUAUGCAUUUCUGUGGAGAGGCUAUAUGUUGGUGGGUCCAACAAGCAGGGUGCUCUGCUCUCCAUGAUACAGAGUUUUGAAGUAUUCACUCUCAUUUCCUCACAUGACGUCCAUCAGGUUAUUUCUGCAGCCUCCAUAAACCUGACAAUUCCCUGUUUAUCACAGGCUAAUAAUUAAUUGGUUAUUAAAUAAUGAUGAUCAUAAAGAUCAUCCGUAUAGCACUUGUCAAAAGUGAGAUUAUAAAAUGCUGUACAAGGAGGAACUAAAAAAGAAGAAACAGAAUAAAGGGAAGCAUAAGUGAACACAUUUUCAUAGGUCAUUUUGGAUCAAUAAAAUUGUGGGAAUCCUACGCCGGAGAGCAACAACACAGCCUCUCUCCAUAUUCAGAGUGGAGGCGCCACACUUGUAGACUCCACCUCUUUGUUCUCACUGGACACAGAGACUGAAUUCAUGACCAAACUUUGGAUCAAUCAAGAAUCCGUUAUAAAGAUGAUUGGAACGUCUCCAAAAGCUGUCGGUGAUGUUUUGUUGUGUGUGUCCACAAACUGUUGGAAAAUAACUUGUGAGAA